UUUAUUUCCGGAAGUAAUUCAUCUCCAUUGGGUCAACGAAAGCGCGACGUAGUAACUUCCAGUUUUACAAUAAGUCGCAGCCAUGCCGCCUGGGCCUGUUCAAAUCGUUCAGCCGGAGGCUAACAACAAGAAUGAUUCAACAGCAGAAGAAACGCCAGCCACAAAACCUAUUGUUGGUAUCAUUUAUCCACCUCCCGAGGUCCGAAACAUUGUUGACAAGACAGCCAGCUUUGUUGCAAGGAACGGGCCUGAAUUUGAGGCAAGAAUCCGUCAGAAUGAGAUCAACAAUCCAAAGUUUAACUUCCUCAACCCGAAUGACCCCUACCAUGCCUACUAUCGCCACAAAGUCAAUGAAUUUAAGGAGGGGAAAGCUCAAGAGCCAUCUGCAGCAGUGCCCAAAGUUAUGCAGCAGGCUAUGCAACAGUCCCAGCAGCUUCCUCAGAAAGUUCAGUCACAGGUGAUUCAGGAGACAGUGGUCCCCAAAGAACCUCCCCCUGAGUUUGAGUUCAUUGCAGAUCCUCCAUCAAUCUCAGCAUUUGACCUGGAUGUUGUCAAGCUCACUGCCCAGUUUGUUGCUCGCAAUGGCCGCCAGUUUCUCACUCAGCUGAUGCAGAAGGAACAGAGGAACUACCAGUUUGACUUUUUGCGACCACAGCACAGCCUUUUCAAUUACUUCACCAAGCUGGUGGAGCAGUAUACUAAGAUUCUGAUCCCUCCCAAAGGCUUACUGACCAAACUCAAGAAGGAAGCUGAGAACCCAAAAGAGGUUAUGGACCAGGUAAGGUACCGUGUUGAAUGGGCAAAGUACCAGGAGCGUGAGAGGAAGAAGGAGGAGGAGGAAAGGGAGAAAGAACGAGUUGCAUAUGCCCAAAUCGACUGGCAUGACUUUGUAGUGGUCGAGACGGUGGAUUUCCAGCCUAAUGAACAAGGCCACUUCCCACCACCUACCACACCAGAGGAGCUUGGCGCUCGCAUCCUGAUCCAGGAGCGCUAUGAGAAGUUUGGAGAGAGUGAGGAGGUUGAGAUGGAAGUGGAGAGCGAGGGUGAAGAUGAGCGGGAGGAUAGGGGUGAAGGCCAGCCUUCACAGCCUGAUCAAGACACACAAGUGCAGGACAUGGAUGAGGGAUCUGAUGAUGAGGAUGAUGGCAUGAAGGCUCCACUGCCACCAGACACCCCCAUGCCACCUCCACUGCCUCCAACUCCAGAUCAGGUUAUCAUUCGCAAAGACUACGACCCCAAAGCAUCCAAGCCUCAGCCCUCAGUUGCAGUUCCAGACGAGUACCUCAUCUCUCCCAUUACCGGUGAGAAGAUCCCAGCCAGUAAGAUGCAAGAGCACAUGCGUAUCGGUCUGCUGGAUCCACGCUGGCUGGAGCAAAGAGACCGCAGCAUCAGAGACAGACAGACUGAGGAUGAAGUUUAUGCUCCUGGUUUGGAUAUCGAGAGCAGCUUGAAACAGCUGGCUGAGAGGCGUACUGAUAUCUUCGGUGUGGAAGAGACGGCCAUCGGUAAAAAGAUUGGGGAAGAAGAAAUCCAAAAGCCAGAGGAGAAGGUUACCUGGGAUGGCCACUCUGGAAGCAUGGCUCGUACACAGCAGGCAGCGCAGGCCAACAUCACCCUGCAAGAGCAGAUAGAAGCCAUUCACAAGGCCAAAGGACUGGUGGGAGAGGAUGACACUAAAGAGAAAAUUGGCCCUAGCAAGCCAAGUGAAAUUCAUCACCAGCCACCCAUCCCCUCCUCUGUACCCAGUUUGCCUAAACCUAGUCCCCCUGUCACAGCGGUGCCUCGCCCACCCUCCUCUAUGGCACCACCAGUACGCACCACUCUCUUGUCUGCUGUACCUGUAAUUCCGAGACCCCCUGUGGCUCCUGUGGUGCGUCUUGCACCAGGACAAGUUAUUACCCCAAUGCCGCCCAUGAUUCCUGCUCCCCGCAUUAACGUGGUUCCCAUGCCGCCUUCUGCGCCUCACAUCAUGGCUCCCAGACCACCUCCCAUGGUUGUUCCAGCCCCAUUUGUUCCUGCUCCACCUGUGCCACAGCCACCAAGUGCUGCUCCAGCACCACCUGUCCACCCACCCCCACCUCAUGAGGAUGAGCCUGUCAGUAAGAAGAUGAAGACUGAGGAUAACCUGAUUCCGGAGGAGGAGUUCCUUCGUAGAAACAAGGGUCCAGUGGCUGUUAAAGUACAGGUUCCUAACAUGCAGGACAAGAGUGAAUGGAAGCUGAAUGGCCAGGUGCUGAAUUUCACUGUCCCAGUCACAGACCAGGUGUCUGUCAUUAAAGUCAAAAUCCAUGAAGCUACAGGCAUGCCGGCAGGAAAACAGAAGUUGCAGUAUGAGGGUAUUUUCAUCAAGGAUUCCAACUCGCUGGCUUACUACAACAUGAGCAACGGUUCGAUCAUUCAUCUGGCACUGAAGGAGAGAGGUGGAAGAAAGAAGUGAGCCUUCCUUGCAGAAAGAAGACAUGAUUUUUUUUGUUGCUUUAUUUUGUUGUUGUUUGUUGUGUCAUAAAAUUGUAAUUUUUGUUUGCAUUAUAUGGCAUUUUUCAUACAAUUGUGUGCAAACAACAUGUCCUCCUUAAAGGUUAAAAGAAUAAUACUCUGGAUGGCAGUCAUGAUUUCACACUUUUGCUUCAGUCUUUUUCUUCUCUGUGAUGCAACUUAAGUGGUAAUUUGUAACAACAUGUAGAGCCCACGAGAUUCAUUCAUUGAAAUAAAGGAGUUUUAA